GUGUGCGCCAUCUCGGGGACCCCGCCGGAGGAGCCCGUCUUCUCCCCGAAGACCGGGCACGUGUAUGAGAAGCGCCUCAUCACCAAGAAUAUCGAGGCUUCCGGCAAGUGCCCAGUCACGAAGGAGGAGCUGUCCAAGGAAGACCUCGUCGACAUGAAGGCCAACAAGGCCGUGAGGCCCCGUCCAGCCAGCGCAACAUCGAUCCCUGGGAUGCUGUCCCUCUUCCAGAGCGAGUGGGACGCGCUCAUGACCGAGACCUACGAGCUCAAGACGCACCUCGACACCACCCGAAAGCAGCUCUCGCACGCGCUGUACCAGCACGACGCGGCCUGCCGCGUCAUCGCGCGCCUCCUGAAGGAGCGUGAUCAGGCCAGGGCGCAGGUGGGGCAGCUUCAGGACCAGCUCGCCAACUCCGUGCCGUCCGCUGGCGGCGGGCCCGCGGCGGAGGCCGACCAGGCC